AUGGCAUCCAGGAAGUUCUUCGUGGGCGGCUCGCGCACGCGCAGGAAAUGGCGGAAGUUUUUCGUGGGCGGCAACUGGAAAUGCAACGGCACCGGCGAGGACGUGAAGAAGAUCGUCACCGUGCUCAACGAAGCCGAGGUGCCCUCUGAGGACGUCGUCGAGGUGGUGGUGAGCCCGCCGUUCGUUUUUCUGCAGCAGGUCAAGGGGCUGCUGCGACUGGACUUUGCCGUCGCAGCGCAGAACUGCUGGGUGCGCAAGGGCGGCGCCUUCACCGGCGAGAUCAGUGCUGAGAUGCUGGUGAACCUGCAGGUGCCCUGGGUCAUUUUGGGGCAUUCUGAGCGCAGAGCUCUGUUGGGUGAAUCCAGUGAUUUUGUUGCUGAUAAAGUUGCAUAUGCACUCACCCAAGGUCUCAAGGUAAUUGCUUGCAUUGGUGAGACCCUUGAGCAGAGAGAGGCAGGAACGACAAUGGAUGUUGUUGCUGCACAAACAAAGGCUAUUGCUGAAAAAAUAUCAGAUUGGACAAAUGUUGUGUUGGCAUAUGAACCAGUUUGGGCUAUUGGGACCGGCAAGGUUGCAACCCCUGCUCAGGCUCAGGAGGUUCAUGAUAGUCUGAGAAAGUGGCUCUACUCCAAUGUUAGCCCAGCAGUUGCUGAAUCAACCAGGAUAAUUUAUGGAGGGUCUGUAAAUGGAGCUAACUGCAAAGAACUUGCAGCUCAACCAGAUGUUGAUGGUUUCCUUGUUGGUGGAGCCUCAUUGAAGCCUGAGUUCGUGGACAUCAUCAAGUCUGCCACUGUCAAAUCUUCAUCUGCCUAG